UGAUUUAACGAAUUUUCAAAACUUAUAACGCGCGUGUAAUUGUCCUUGAGAAAUGCUGCUUCUUAUUUGGAUACUCUGUAUGACAGGAGUUCAAGCUGCGACGAACAGCGACGGUCACCCGAUUACGGUACAAACUUACGAGAACAAGACUGUCUUGCUGCCGUGCUACGUGGAGGACGCGCAAACUAAGGUGACAUGGUGGCGAGAAGAGGUCCUUCUAGCCGAUGGCCGCAGCUCCGGGCAAGAAGAGCAGUCGUCCGAACGAAUCACCCUGUAUAGCAACGGCAGCCUACGGGUUCGCCACGUGCAGCGAGAGGAUAGCGGGCAGUAUGUGUGCCAGGUAAUCCGACCGUCUCCGUGGGGAUACGUCACGCAGCUAUACUUCGAGAUCGAAGUGAUGUAUCCACCCAGCGUGGAAACGCUGCCCGAGUCCGGCGAGCUGGAGGUCGAUCUAAACAAGGAAGUGAUAAUGCAAUGCGUGGCGAAGGGUGUACCGGCCCCCAUCAUAAGUUGGAGGACGAAGGGCAGAGAAAUUCCUUUGAAGGACAAUCGGUCGAUCCUGAAAUUUUCUGCCGACAACCGAAAUCUUUCCGGCAAGUACACCUGCGUGGCCGACAACAAAAUCGGCGAACCGGCGGAGGCGCAUAUAGACCUACGUAUCAGAUAUAAGCCAGAGAUCUAUGUGAAGAGACCAUGGGCGCAUGCAUAUCCAGGGAUACGAGUAACGCUAGAUUGUACGGUGUCCGCCUGGCCCGAGGCAAAGGUUGAAUGGUAUUUCAACAACAAGACAAUAAACUACACAACGUCGCGGAUAGUGAAACAUAACACUGAGAAUGAUCACAGUCUGUUGAUAAGGCACGUAACGCCAAGCGAUUCCGGUUCCUAUACAUGUAGAGCAUCAAAUUCCAUGGGGAUCACCGAGAAGAUGAUCGAAUUAUCGGAGAUCGCAAAUCCGGCAGUGUUCAAGAAAGAAUCGGCCAGCGCGUCUAGCACGUCGUACAACUUUAUCUGGGUCGUCGACAGUUACAGUCCUAUCAUCGAGUACCAGUUUUGGUUUCGCAGAUACAAGAAGAAUGGCGGUGGUGAAUGGCACAAAUUGUAUAUACCUGCUGGUGGCGGUGACAUCAGCCCGGUGCACGUUCGCUCCUUCAAUUUGACGGGGUUGGACGCGGCAACCUAUUACGAGGCGGUCGUUUUGUCCAGAAAUCGUUACGGAUGGAGCCACCCUUCAGAGAUACUGCGCUUUCACACCGAAGGAGCUCCUGUCGAUUCCAGCGAAAAUUCCGAGAUGGAUGGUGAUCAAGAGCAGAACAGGAUAGCAGUUAUACAGAUCACAUCCAUGUCGCAGCAUUACCUUCUGACAACGGAUGCAAACGGAUCGAUUUAUAAUCGAGCGCAGAUCUUGCCGUUGAUAUUAAGUACGCUAUGUACUUUAAUCAUAACACGCGAUAGAUUUAACUAAUGUUGUAUAAAAUGCGGAGAAUAGAAAGUAAGAGAUUGUUGUAAUUUAUGCGUAUAUGAUACGGCUAUUGUUAAAUAUUAUCGUUAUCAGUCAUGUUUGCGCAUCAAUGAGUCAUUUCCAUUAACAAAGAGAUUACAGUAUCAUUCGUACACAGUUGGUUACUUCAAUAUGAAAGAUCAUUAGUUAUAUAAUGUAAAAAAAA